AUGUUGGCCCAGAGGGCUGAGGAGUCGCGUGGGGUGCCGUUGCGGCACUUUAUGAGGCUCCGUGUUGGCUCGGGCGGGCGCUGCAGCGGGGGUCGGCUCACUCCUCUUCCCUUCUUGUUCGCAGACGGCGGCCCCCGAGACAUGGAGCUGAAGAUCUCUCACAUCGAGUGUCUGCCCAAGGAGAUCCUGGUGAAGUUUCAGGGCAGGUACGACAUCGAGUGCGAGUUCGACUACCACAUCCUGCAGAGCGAGAUCCAGCACAUCGCCAAGACGCCCGGCGGCGUGGGGGUGGGCGACUUCUGCCUGGUGGAGGAGCGAGACUCGGGGGAAUGGCACCGCGGCCGCGUCGUGGAGACCAAGAACGAGCUCUACCGCGUGUUCCUUGUCGACUGCGGGAAGGAGCUGCGCGUCGGUGCCGCGCGGGUCGCCUCGGCCCGCCAGAACCUGUUUGAGCUCCCGCCAAAGGUCGUGGUCGGGGUCUUCGCCAACAUCCUCCCCCUCGGGGAGAAGUGGUCCCCCAAGGCCCUGAACUACUUCACGUCGCUGGUGGGGCGCCAGGUGAAGGGCUACGUGCAGGCCGUGCUGCCGCACCAGGCGGUCCUCCUCGAGGCCCCCCGCAUCAUCGCCGAGGUCCUGGAGCUGCAGCUGGCCCGGCUCGUCGACGGCGACUCCUUCCAGCUGCUCCUGGAGAUGCUGAGGGACGCGGCGCCCGACCUGCUGGAGCGGCACCAGCAGCACCAGAGGCCCAGAUCGCUGGGCUGCGGCGCCGACGUCUCGCCUCGCUUCCAGCACAUCCUCGACAACCUGCGGCCGUCGCUGCCCGUCAACUGCAUGGAGAGCGUGAAGAUCGCGUCGGCGCUCAGCCCGAGCUGCUUCUACUGCCACCUGGCCAAGUGGCUGCCCGAGCUGGACAGCCUGACGGCCGCCAUGUCAGCGCACUACGAGAGCGUGAGCCGGGAGCGCAACCCCCCGAGCGACAACUUCGGGCUGCUGUGCGUGGCCAAGCGCAGGAACGGCCAGUGGUACCGCGGCGUGCUGCAGCAGCUGCUGCCGCUGGACCAGGUGAAGAUCUGGUUCAUGGACCUGGGCAACAGCGAGGCGGUGCCGUCCAACUACGUGAAGAAGCUGAAGCAGGAGUUCAGCGCGCUGCCGCUCUUCUCGUUCCCCUGCGCGCUGUCCCUGGCGGGCAGCCCCAGCAGGGAGGCGCGCGGCCUGCAGCUCAAGCUCUUCAAGCAGGCGCUGCUGGGCCACGUGCUCUUCGCCCACAUCGACCGCUUCAGCACCGACGAGGGCCUCUACUACGUCACCUUCCACAGCCACGAGGCCGUCCUCGGCUCCCGGAACCUGCUGCCGGCGAGCAAGGGCGGCCCCGUGCCCGGCCCGGCCUCACGGGGCGCUCCGGGGGAUGGCGCCGACCCGGACAAGGACCUGCUGUGCAAGGUGGCCGUGUCCUGGAAGACCGUGGACAUGCGGGUCGGCUCGGCGUACGUGGCCUUCGUGGAGUACGUCUUGAACCCGUCCAACUUCUGGGUGCGCACCAACGAGCACCAGAGCCAGUUCGAGGAGCUGACCAGGAAGAUCGGGGAGACGUACGACGCGUGCGAGAAGGACGAGAUGCUCCUCAAGAAGCCCGAGCCCGGCACCUUCUGCUGCGCGCGCUACUUCCGGGACGCGCACUUCUACCGCGCCGUCAUCACCGAGGUCAGCGGCUACAAGAUCAACGUCUACUUCCUGGACUUCGGGAACACCGAAUCCGUCCCGUUCUAUGACGUCAAAGUUCUGCUGCGGGAAUUCUGCGAGCUGCCAGCCCUGGCCAUGUGCUGCUCGCUGGCACACGCGUGUCCCACGGAAGACAUCUGGGUCAAGAAAGCCACGGACUUCUUCAAAGAGGCCGUCUUCGACAAGGCGCUGCUGCUGACCGUCGUGGCCAGGAAGAAGGACAAGUACAUCGUGAACGUGCACAGCGUCGAGACGGCUGGAAAAACGAGCGUCGUUGGGCUCAUGGUGCAGGCGGGUUACGCAGAGUACUGGGAGGUCAAGCCGGACUGCCCUCCCCACCUCGGGACGGAGUUUGUGGUGGCCGGCGGCCAGCCCGGGCCCCCGGGGGCCAUCACGCCGGCCAAGAAGGCUCCCUUCGCCGCGGCUGGCCGCAGCGCUUCGAGCAAGGCGGACUUGCCCGCCGCUGCUUUGGCGGGCCCAGAAAACCCCUUUCCCAGAAACGUUGGGCCGGCGCCCGGGACCAGCGAGUGCCUCCACCCGUACAAGGAGUACGUGUUCAAGCCCGGCACCAUCAUCGACGUCAAGUGCUCGUACUUCGCGUGCCCCGGCGACUUCUCCUGCCAGCUGCAGAGUAAGCUGCCGGCUCUGAUGCUGCUCAUGGAGCAGAUGCAGGACUACUACGGCAGCCACCGAGACCCGUACCAGGUGGGGCAGGUGGCCUGCGUGGCCAGGUACGCCAAGGACGGCACGUGGUACCGGGCGGCUGUGCUGACGCAGGCGUCCCCCCGAGAGGUGGACGUCAUCUUCGUGGACUACGGCAAUCAGGAGAGGGUCCUCCUCCGCGACCUCUGUGCCAUCCACCCCGACUUCCUGCUCCUGGAGGGCCAGGCGUUCCGCUGUAGCCUCAACAACCUCAUCGAGCCUGUGAAUUCCGAGUCCCUCAGUUGGACCACCAAGUCCUGCCUGGAGUUUGGCAACUUUAUUUCUUCCUACGAUGGACUGCUGACGUGUAUCAUCUACGCUUUGGUUCUGAUCCACCCGCAUUGCCUGUGCAACGUCGUCGAUCUGAGGACACCGUUCAUCAGUGCGCGGCAGUUUCUGGUCAAUUGUGGCUGUGCGCGGCACAGCGUCUUCUCGGAGUCUUUGCCGGCGACCGUGAGCCUGUACAGCUUCUGCUAUUCCUCUUUUAACUUAAAAAUAGGAAGCGAAGAAGAAGUCUGCAUAUCCCACAUCCACAGCCCCAAAAAGUUUUUUUGUCAAUUGAGGAGAAACAGCCGAAGUCUGGAGAUCAUAACAGCAAAAAUUGCAGAGAUUAGUAGCCUCUCAAGUUAUCCGAGAUUUGAGGGCAAAACGAGAUUAUGCCUGUCGAAGUACUUUGGAGAUGGUUUCUUUUACAGAGCCAUAGCCUCUCCCGUGGAUUUAUCGUCCUAUUUACUGAUCUAUUUUGUGGACUUCGGAAACAAACAGAUCGUGGCGGGAAAUGAACUGCUGCCUAUUUUAGAUCAGUCUCCAGAGUUACUCUUUACCCCUAUGCAGGCCAUCAAAUGCUACCUCUCAGACCUGAAGGACGUGGACAUCCCAGCAGAAAUCAACGUCUGGUUCGAAGAAAACUUUUUGGGAAAGUCACUGAAGGCGGUCGUGGUGUCGAGGGAUUCAGACGCCCAGCUCGGUCUAGAACUCUACGAUGGAAAUCAGCAGAUAAAUCAGAAGAUCAAAACUCUGCUUCAAGUUUACGGGAAAAAAUAUGACUCGGGAAGAGGUGCGGAGAAGUUUCAUAAAAAAUGUGAAAGUAGAACGUCAAGUCGGGUAUUAUCGAAAGACAAAGUCAACCACUACCCGUUUGCUGUCAGUAAAGCAAGUUAUCCUAAGUAUCUUGAAAACAGAGCUGAUCCGGCGGUGACUUCCAAAGAUGUACAUGCCAGACUCUUAAAGCCCACAGCCUCUCUGAAGAUGGAGCUGGCUUUAAAAAGCAAGGCGAGCCAGCCUUCCAAAGGAGGCCUGAGAGCUACGAAUGGAGGAACCAGCCCGGAAUCUGCCAGCCAGACGGGUGAAGGAAAGCCUUCUGCAGCAGAGACUUUUCUAGCCAAGCGGCUCCCGGCUCUGUCCAGAGCCGAGGGGACAACGAGGCCCCAGAUCUCCGACCUCCCGCCGCCUGCUCUGCACCCAAACGUCAGAGUGAAGGGCUACGUGUCGAAUAUAUGGAGUCCAGCCAGUUUCCACAUUCAGCUUGCUGAGAACGAAGACUUGAUCUUUCAACUUGCCAAAGAGCUCAAUGAGAGGGCGGCCGCUCGAGGCCGAGAUGUUGAAUUGGCGGCGCUUUCGGUGGGAGACCUUGUGGUUGCCGAGUAUGCUGCUGACAGUGCCUUAUACAGAGCGGUGAUUAAGAACAUCUUAUCCAGGAAUUCUUUCGAAGUGGAAUUUAUCGACUAUGGUAACACAGAAGUUGUCCAUUUGUCCCAACUCCAUGAACUUGAUAGGAAAUUUCUGACUAUUCCUCAGCUCGGCCUUCAUUCUUUUCUUAGUGGAGUGCGCUACAAUGAGCCUGAUGAAUUAUGGGACAGCAAAACAGUCGCUUACUUUGCUGAAAAAGUAAAUAACAAAUUAAUUUCUUGUGAGUUUUUGAAGAAGCAUGAGCAAAAGUGGGAAGUCAAUAUUAUGUGUGAUGAGAAGUGUGUUGUGAAUGAAAUGAUGAAGUGGAUAGCGUGUUCAAAGAAGCAGGAGAAAGUAUCCAAACCUUCAGAAAUACUCUCUAAAAAAGCGAUUCUGGGUAUUGAUAAUAAAGAAAAGAAAAGGUCUGUGGAGGGAAGUAAAUGCCCGAGAGCAGCCUUCCACCAGCUGGCUAAAAUCCCGAGUCCUGAGUUAAAGCCUGGCCAGCUGGAGAAGGCAGAGAUACUUCAUGUUUCAAAAUGUGGAAACUUCUUUGUGAAACUAAAGAAAAACGUGCAUGCGUGCUCCAGCUUGCUUUCCUUGAUCGUUAAAGAAGCCAAGGAGAACCCUUUCCUCCCUGUGGAAAACAUAGAAGAAGGCUUGGAGUGCUUGACAAAAUCGAGAGUCACGGCGGCGUGGUGCCGUGCCAGGGUGGAGAAGAAGCGAAUGGGAGAUGAGAAGAUGCUGGUGUACUUGCUGGACCACGGCCGCUACGAGGUAGUGCCCCUGCUGGGGACGAAGGAGCUUGGCCAUGAGAGCAGGACCAUUCCUCCGCAGGCUGUGCCUUGCAAGUGGAUCUGGAUCGAGAAUGCCAGAAAGAUGUCGUUUGAGUCCACGGUGCACUUGUUCGCUCACCUGGAAACGAAAAUUCUGUUCCUCCGCCAUCUCGACACUGUCUGGGAGGUUGAGAUCCUGGUCGAUGGCCUGUUGCUGUUGGAGUACCUACACGUCCGAGCUGACCAGAGAGAGGGAAACCCCGGGACUCCUUGCGAGCUCCUUCUCAGGGGGGAGUCCAGGCCCCCCGCAAUGUCCUUCCGAGUGAACUCCGUGACAUGGGCUCUCCUUCAGAGCGGCAGGCGCUAUGGUGGCUUUGCCACGGCGGUGUCGGACCCCUCGGACUUCUGCGUGCAGCUUGAGGACUUCUUCGACACCAUGACGGCCCUGUGCCGGUUGCUCCUGGCCCUGCCUGACCACCUGCCCGUCUUGCCCCCACAGCUCGUCGUGCCGGGCUCCAGCUGCUUGUUCAAGUACGGCCGUGAUGAGCAGUGGAACCGAGUGGAGAUUGCCGAGGUGUCCGCUCAGUCCGUGCUGCUCCUGUUCAUGGACUACGGCUUCUCGGUGUACCUUCCCCGGUCCGAGUGUGCCAACCUCAAAGUGAUUCCCGAGGAGCUCCUGGGCUUGCCCCGGCUCACGUACCGCUGUGCCCUGUACGGGGUCCUGCCCGCCAACGGUGAGCGCUGGGACGAGGCCGCCAAGACUUUGCUCCAAGACUUCCUGAGCAAGCUGGGCCUCUUCUUCCUGCUCCGCGAGUACAGCCCCGGGAUGAAGCUGGAAGUGGACGUCCUCCACGGGAAGAACAGCCUGGCUGACCUGCUCGUGGUGGCCGGCUACGCCGUCUUCUCCAGAGACGAGUCGCACUUUGUGGCCGUCAACAGCAUCCAGGCUACCCAGAUCGAGUACAAAGUGCAAGGGCGGCACGUCUACCCCGUGGUGGAGAAGAAGGUCUUCCCGGGUGAGAACGUCUUCGUGACGUGCACAGGAAAGGAAGGGCCGCCGCAGCAGUGGAAGUUCAUUCCCUGGAAAGACGUCUACAAAAACAUUUUUGGGAAGAUCCUCCCAAGUACUUGUUUGCAUUCCAGAAACUUAACCCUGAAGAAGAAAGUGGGUAAUGGAAAGCAUAAAUCCAGAAGCACCAUCAAGGUUGAGACGUGCGAAAGAAAUACGUUCUGGGAACGGCACGGUACCUCGAAGAGUGACCCUUCAGAGGGGAACCCUGAGAGUGUACCCCCGGGAGAAGUCUGGAAGACCUAUAACCUGUGUACACGGAUCAAAGCCCUGAACAUCAGCGAAGAGAUGGUGUUAGAAGAGCGCUCCAAGAGUGAGUAA